GCCAAAAUGCAGUAUCUCAUUAGCAUUCCUUCUCUCUCUCUCUCUCUCUCUCUCUCUCUCUCUCUCUCUCUCUCUCUCUCUGAUAUUACUGUGGUGGUGUUGGAAGAUGAAGAAAGGGUCUUGUGCUUCACUACUGUGUGCUCUGGUUGUGGUGGUGGUGGUGCUAGCGGAAGCACGGGUGACCGAGGCGGUGACGUGCAAUCCCUUGGAGCUGAGGCCAUGUCUAGGGGCAUUCACGUCGGGGCAGCCGCCGUCGGCGGAUUGCUGUGACAAGGUGAGGGAGCAGAAGCCUUGCCUCUGUGGGUACAUCAAGAACCCUAACCUCAAGCAGUUUGUCAACUCUCCGAACACUCGAAAGGUUGGCGCCGCUUGUGGUGUCCCUUUCCCAACUUGCUAGAAUAUUUUCAAAUCCCAAAACGGAAGGAAAAAUUAAGAGAAUUUCACUUUGGCACGAAAGUGAAAAAAAAAAAUGGAUCACUGCAUGUCUCCAUGCACGUUUUUGAACUAGUGUUAAGAAUAUCUAAUAAUACGACUUUGCAAGUGACAUUGAGUCACCGACAGAGUUGUUGUAUUUGUCAUGUCUUUUUUUCUAGCAAGUUGUGUCAUCUACUAGAAGUUAUGUAGUUUCUUUUUAUUGGCAAUUGAUGAAAUUUUAUUAAAAA